AUGUCGUUUCUCUGCCCCACUAAUCUCUCACUGAACUCCCAUUCCCAAUUUCUAAAUCCUAAACCUAACCCUAAAUUCCCAGGUUUCCUGCUCCAAUUUCCUACAAAACCCUCAAUCCUCCUCCCCCACCUCAAAUUAUCUGGCCACCGGGCCAUCUCAUUCCGUUCGCCGGCGAGACCAACAACCCCCAGCGAACAUCCUUUCACAUGGCUUCGAAUUGCCGCGACCUCCGCCGUUCUCUUCUUCGGCCUCAAUAUCCAGGUCUGCCUAGCAGCCUCCUCUCCUUCACUCCCUGUUAACACUAUAUUAACAUCACAGGAGGAGAGUUCAGUAACUCAAGAUGAUGGUGGUGGUGUUGAGGGAAAUGUUGAUAAUAUGGAGAGGAAUGAAGAGAAGGAACUGAAUGCUGAAUUUGAGAAUUGGAAGUCGAAAACUUUCGCGCUGUCUGUUCCUCUUAGAAUUGUUGCUUUGCGUGGCUCUAUACCUCCUUCAUGGAUCAAGGAUUUUAUUCAGUCUCAAGGAAGAAGGUUGAGGUUUCGUGUGAAGUACCUUGGAAGUCUGGAAAAUAUUUUUUCUGACAUAUCAAUGUCCUUUAACAAACGUAAUAUCGGUCCCAUGUCAACUGUGGCUGCUGAUAUUGUUAGUGUUGGUGACUCUUGGCUCAGUUUUGCAAUUAAAAAUGCUAUAAUUGAGCCCAUGAGAGGGGUAGAAGAGCAGGACUGGUUUAAAGACUUAAGUGACAAGUGGAAGGUAUACCUAUGCAGGAACGAUGAGGGAGAAAUAGAUCCUGAAGGUAAAAUAUGGGCUGCUCCAUAUCGAUGGGGCAGCAUGGUGAUCGCCUACAAGAAAAGUAAAUUUCAAAAGCAUAAAUUGGCUCCUAUAGAGGACUGGGCUGAUCUAUGGCGGCCUGAGCUUGCAGGGAGGAUUUCAAUGGUUGAUUCUCCUAGAGAAGUUGUUGGUUCAGUUUUAAAGUAUAUGGGGGCAUCAUACAAUACAAAGAACAUUGAUUUGCAAGUUCCUGGUGGAAGGAAUGCUGUCCAGCAGAAUCUGGCAUUACUUGGCAAACAGGUUCGACUGUUCGACAGCAUGUACUAUCUGAAAACAUUUAGCAUGGGAGAUGCAUGGGUUGCUGUUGGGUGGAGUAGUGAUGUUCUUCCUGUGGCCAAGCGCAUGUCUAAUGUUGCAGUUGUAGUCCCGAAGUCUGGAACUAGCUUAUGGGCUGAUCUAUGGGUAUUUUCUUAUUUGUUUCAGUAUCGGGGGCGAAUCAGAGGACCAUCUCCACUAAUCCAUCAAUGGAUUGAGUUCUGCUUACAAGCUGCGAGAGCACUGCCUUUUAAGCAGGAGGUAAUCCCUGGUGCAACUCCCUCCGCCAUCAAAAGCUCCGUCAUUGAAGUGCCUAAAGAGCUCACCAAUGUUAUGCCAAAACUGGAGACGAAUCUUAUUGGUGGAGUACCUCCACCCGAAAUCUUAACUAGGUGUGAGUUCCUAGAGCCAUUGUCUGAUGCGACAUUGUCAGAUUAUAAGUUGCUUAUUGGUAGUAUGCAGAUUCCUGAUCCUGGUUUAAUCCACAGAAUACAGCAUUACAUCUUGUCAACAAUUCAAACUUUUAGAUUAAAGCAGCAUUCAAAGAUUGCAUAA